GAUCAUCCUUAAGGUUGUAAUCCUUGUGCGUCCCCUCCUUCCAAGAAACUUCCAGGCCGAGACCCUUUUAAGUAAAUGUUGACUCUGAUUGGUCCCGAGCCUCCCCUCCAAUAAUCUGUUAGAGAAUUGGACCUCCCCUCCGACCCCCUAAUUGGUGAAAUGAAAAUAUGGAAGACAGCGAUUGGCUAUGCGCUUAUUAGCCAAUGAGAACGAGCGGCAUUGAUGUGUGCCUGAGAGAAGGGGGAGUAGUGCUGUGAGGGAAAGUAGGCAAGAGAUCAACGAGGCUCAGGUACUUUCAUUUCUCCUUUGCAAGCACCUGCCUAUCUAUCCAUGGGGCUGUUGAGCGAAGUGACGCGGGGCCUGGUGCGCGGCGCAGACCGCACGGCCGCCUGGACGAGCAAGCGGGGCCCGCGCACUUUCUACAAGAGCCGCGGCGCGCACCCCUUGGGCUACCUAACAUGCAACCGGAAGUUUAAGCUGGUGCCGGAGAAGGUGCCGCGCCUGGUGGUGCCGGACCUGAGCGGCUUCAAGCUUAAGCCUUACGUUUCCUACCGGGCCCCCGCCGGCAGCGAGCAGCCCCUCACGGCCCGCGCCCUCUUCCAGCAGACGGUCGCCUCCAAGAUCGAGAAGGACGUCAAGGACGGUACCUUCAGCCUGCAGCAGCUGGAGAAGUACGGCUUCGAGCCGACCCAGGAAGGCAAACUCUUUCAGCUCUUCCCCAAGAACUUCGUGCGCUAGGACGGCGUUGCAAGUGGAAGGAAAGCUGGUGAGAACAUUUCUUCCACACAUUUAUUAAGCAACAAAAUGUUUAAGAAAAGUUAAAAAAAAAAACUUGAAGUAUUCACUCUUCGCAAAACAUUUCAGCUCUUAAAAGGAGCAAGACACCAAAGGAUUGGAACUAAGUGGAAACUCUGGGGUAUCUUCAAGAAGUUCCUGCUUUCUUUUCAUUGAUGCUUGAGUCAUCUCAGAGGUCUGGACGAGCAAGCAAGGAAUGUAGAAAGCCAGAAGAGCACCGCAGUUUUGCCAGCUGCUGUGUUGGAAAACUAUAAGGGAUACAUCACACACAUACCAAAUCUUGUGGACACAGUCAUGCAAGCAGAGCAGGAAGAAUUUAUGCAAGCCCCAAGUGUUGGUGGUUUUCGUUUUCGUUGUUUUUGGAAAUGCUACUCAGCGGAACAAUUUUACUGGAUUGUUUGGAAGUUGACAUGUAUAGCUUGUGAAUCUAGGCCUAUCAUGGAUAGAUAUUAAAGAGACUGAGGAAGCAGGCAGCAAACACUGGUCAUCUUUUUGUUUAAAUAAAGAGUUUAUAAAAUGUGGAG